UCUGGCACCGCAGGACGCGCACAAGUCAGUGGAGUCAGUCCGCCUCCUGCUUCCUUCAACCAUGCAGCCAACAGGACUCACAGCCCGGCAGUGACAAGUGUCUAAAAAGUGGCGAGAAUUGAUCCGUCUGAGCGAGCAGAGUGUGCGCAAAGAGAUCGAGGACAAACUGUGCGUAAUUUUUCUUUUCGCUUUAUUCUUGGAGCUAAAAACAGGCGGAGUUGAGCGUUUCUGGAGGAUUUUUUAAUCCUUAUUUUUUAUCUAAAGGGGAAUAUUUUGUGCUCAAGACUUCUCACCGACAUGGAGUACACGUCAUCCCCGAAACCGCAGCUCUCGUCCCGGGCAAAUGCUUUCUCCAUAGCCGCCCUGAUGUCCAGUGGGAAGCCCAGUAAGGACAAAGAGACGGAGGAGAACACCAUCAAGCCUCUCGAGCAAUUUGUGGAGAAGUCCUCCUGUAACCAGCAGUCUCUGGCUGACCUGUCCUCCCUGGACGGGCACGGGGACUUCAGCGGGAGCGCGCCGGCGGUGUGCACGGAGCCGCUCAUCCCCACCAAUCCCGGCAUCCCUAGCGAGGAGAUGGCGAAGAUCUCGUGCAGCCUGGAGACCAAAGAGCUGUGGGACAAAUUUCACGAGCUCGGCACCGAGAUGAUCAUCACCAAGUCCGGAAGGAGGAUGUUCCCCACCAUCCGGGUCUCUUUCUCCGGGGUGGACCAGGACUCCAAGUACAUCGUGCUGAUGGACAUCGUCCCGGUGGAUAAUAAGCGGUACCGGUACGCCUACCACCGCUCCUCCUGGCUGGUGGCCGGCAAGGCCGACCCUCCUCUGCCCGCCAGGUUGUACGUCCACCCGGACUCACCGUUCACCGGAGAGCAGCUCAUGAAGCAAAUGGUUUCCUUCGAGAAAGUCAAACUGACAAACAACGAACUGGACCAACACGGACACAUCAUCCUCAACUCCAUGCACAAGUACCAGCCACGGGUCCACAUCAUCAAGAAGAAGGAUCACACCGCCUCGCUGCUCAACCUAAAGUCUGAGGAGUUCCGCACCUUCGUCUUUGUGGAGACCGUCUUCACCGCCGUCACGGCCUAUCAGAACCAGCUGAUCACCAAACUGAAGAUUGACAGCAACCCGUUCGCCAAAGGAUUUCGGGACUCGUCGCGGCUGACGGACAUGGAGAGGGAAAGUGUUGAGAAUCUGAUCCACAAGCACUCAUACGCCCGGUCGCCGAUCCGAACCUACGCUGGGGACGAGGAGAACCUGAGCGAGGACGGACACACUGCACACACCAGAGGCUCAGCAUUCACCGCCUCAGACAACCUCUCCCUGAGCUCCUGGGUCACCACCACUUCAGGCUUCUCGGGCUUCCAGCACCCACAGUCCCUGUCAGCCAUGAGCACCGGCGCCGCCUCCCUGCCCCACCCCAUCCAGGGCUCCCUGCCCCCCUACAGCCGGCUGGGCAUGCCGCUGACGCCCACCGCUCUGGCUGGGACCAUGCAGGGCAGCGGGCCGUCCUUCCCUUCAUUCCACAUGCCCCGCUACCACCACUACUUCCAGCAGGGGCCCUACGCCGCCAUCCAGGGACUGCGCCACUCCUCCACGGUCAUGACGCCCUUUGUAUGACUCCGUCCUGGGGAGGAUCUUCGCUCUGAUCCCCAAACCAGUGCUACCAGUUAUUUCUCCGCUCCGGCUCAUCACUCCUCAUCCUGUUUGUAUCUUCUCCCCUGGUCUUUGUAAAUAGUUCACCUGCAGUGAGUGACGUGAAGAGGAUGUGGCACACUGACGGCCAGUCCAGAAAAAAAGGAGGACUGUGGCGCCUCCACAGGACCUGCGGACAGGAACACUUCGGUGUCAUUGUACAAACACUAACAACCUCAGUACGAACUAUAAAUGACAGACGAUACGAGGGGCAUGUUUGGUCUCGGCCCUUGAAGAACAGAAAGUGGAUCCUCAACUCAGCAGGGUCUCCAUGAGGCUUUAAAGAUGGCAGGUCGCUGUGUGAUCCUCCAACAAUGCUACCUAAAGCUUCUGGAGGGACUCAUGUGAUGCUGCAGUGUGUUGUGACGCCAAGGCUCAGCCUGAGUCUGUGAACAUUUCAGCAUAUCUCAGCUCUCGUCUGUUUUCUAGAAAGCCAGCCAUAUGUACAGUUCAGACUUCAUGCUCUGUUAAAAAAAUAUCAGAAACAUGUUAAUGUACAGAGAUGAAAAUGCAACAUUUACUCGUAGGAAAAUUCUCACUGUAGAGUGCAAAAAAAAAAAAAAAACGAGAAAAUCAUAGGACGCAUGCUGACCGCAGUAGACAAACAGGCUGGGGAAACUUUAUAUGGAAUAAUAUGGGAUGAAUAAGCUCUAACCUGCGACAUGGGUGGAGGCUCUUUGCAUAUUUUGAAGGCUUGGUCACACCAGCAGAUGAAACGGCAACAAUUUGCAUCCAAAUUAAUUCAUUUUAGUGAAUCGGGAUGAAGUGAAGUAUUUUUCACCUGGGGUUGAACUUUUGACGUGCAAAUUUCACACCGUGUUAACGGAGAGCGGGAAAAUGGAGGAAGCUAUUGCAGCUUUUUGGCUGUGUGGUUUUUAUUUAAUCUCCUCUGUUGGAUUAUAAACGUCUCCACAAAAGAGGAAUGGAUUACAAACAGACACAAAACAGGAAGUGAUUGAUCAAAUAUGUCCUCUGAAUUAACUGUGUGUUGGCUACCUAGCCAAGGAGCUACUUAAGUGAUAGUUUGUAAGCUAGCUACUUCUGCGAGCUUUCUGUCCCUCGUCUUGACUGACUAGGGCUAGCAUGUUAGCCGUUAGCUCACCAGCUCAUUAAUUAGCCCCGUGAGAACCCCCAGGUCACAAAGCCUCUAAAACCAACCCACUCUCAUUCUGGCCGAGGGGUUUGACGCCCUGAGAAUGAGAACAGGCUGCUUAAAACUCGCCUAUUUUGCGAAUUCAUGCAGAUUCAUUUUGCCAUCAGUUUCUGGUGUGACCGAGCUUUAACUAAAACAGAUUCACCUACAAAAUGUGUUGAGUUCAAAUCAUCAGUUUUAAAGUCAACAUAUUUUAAUUCACCUGGUGAAACUGGCCACAACCAUUAGGUCUCAUAAACCUGUUUCCACCGACAGAAUUUUAACUCAGUGAUCAUGUAAUCUCUUUAAUAUGUACAGACACAUUUUAAGGGGUUCUCCAUAUUUUUUUCACACAAACAGAGCAGCAAUCUGUGCAGAAACAUUGAGUUUUAUCUCCACAGUGUUUUCAGUCGCCGUCUGUCGGCUGCGGCCUUUUAGCAGCUGGUCCUUAGCAGGUGUUACAGAGCUGAUUCAUGGCAGCGUUAGAGCGUGUCGACAGGGCGUCCACACCUGGAAAUAAUGACUCUGUGCUGCCGUCUCAUUUAAAUCACGCAGGGAGGAAGAAGCUGGAAGCUGCUGGAGUCGACUCACACUCAGUGUCAGUGCAGGUGCAUAAAAAUGGCAGCUCCCUGGUGGAGUAAUUUAAUUGGUCCUCGUAAAUAAUGUAGCUUUGGGAAGGCAUUUUACUAUGAAGAUUCAUUUUGAGUCCAGGAGCUCCACAACAAAAACUCUCCAUUGUACCAAAUCACUGUUGUCUACAGUUGAUUCCUGAAAACUAAAGCUGGACUGACGUGUCGUAAAAUAUUAGUUUUUAUGUCAGCCGAUAAUUGACAACAAACUGCAGGGGAAAAAAUGCCAAAAUAUGUUUAUUUUUCAUCUGUAAAACUAUUUAGGGGCUGCAACAACUUAACAAUUAGUGUUAAUGAUUCUUCUGCUGAUUAUUUUUGUCUUUAAAAUGUCAUGUUUUCCAGCUAUCAGUCCAAACUCCCCAAAAUACUUAGCUCAGUGUCUUUAUCACAAAGAAAAGCAUAAAAUCCUGACAUUUGAGCAGUGUUUAAAAAACAACUGGAACAAGUAGUCAUUCAUCAAAACACCUGCUGACUAACUAAUCGAUUAAUCUGCUGACUGAUAAAGAAUUUAGAACAGAAACAAGCAGAUUAAAGGGAUCCUCAUCAUGAAUUUAUGAAUCAUCUGAAAAAAUUUUAAAAUAUGAUUAUCGGCA